GCCCUGCUGCUAGUUCCGAAGUUCCUUCAUAAGAAUAAGUACCUGCAUGGUGUAUUGGCGGAUUGCCUCAUUCAUCAAUACCUAGAUAUUGUCUUAAAACUGCUUAAGGAGGCUGCUCUACAUGGCAUGAUGCUCUCAGAUCCCAUUAGACAGAGCCACUAUUGUUUCACUCCACUUGCAAGUUAUAUUGUCAAUACUCCUGAAGCCAUGAUGUUAGCCUGCAUCAGUGGAAAGUCA